AUGUCCGAAAGAGGCUCGUUCCGUGGAGGUGGUCGCGGCCGCGGCGGAGGCUAUGACCGGUCUGGCGGUCGUGGCGCCCACAGAGGUGGCGGUGCUGGUGGCGGUGCUCAGCAGCAGCAGCAGGAGAAGCCCAAGAAGGAAAACAUCCUCGAUUUGAACAAGUACAUGGACAAGGAGGUGCGCGUCAAGUUCAAUGGCGGUCGUGAGGUUGUUGGUCUGCUCAAGGGAUAUGACCAGCUUAUGAACCUGGUCCUGGACGAUGUCAAGGAAUCCAUGCGCGAUGACGAGGGCAAUGAGAACACUCGCUCGCUGGGCCUCGUCGUGGCCCGUGGCACCAUCAUCGUCCUGAUCUCGCCCGCCGACGGCAGCGAGGAGAUUGCCAACCCCUUCGUGCAACCCGAAGAGUAA